AUGUUGACAAAAGAGCUUCAGAACCCCAUUUCAUCUUGUUUGCAUUCAUUGCUGCAUCCAACUUUGCAUCCCCACACCGGAACAAUGGCCGGCCACUUCCGAGCGUUGCUCGCCACCCCACCCGCCAAAUCCUUCCCCGAUCAGCCCCAGUUCUCCGGCUUCAUGAAGCCGUGCCGAUUUGAGGGCGAGGUCCGGAAUCUGGAGAUUGUCGGCACCGUACCGCCUGAGCUGAACGGAACGUUUUACCGUGUCAUGCCCGACCCGCAAUUUCCUCCACAUAUUGAGAAUGAUCCCUGGUUCAACGGAGACGGCAACGUCUCGGCGUUCCGCUUUCAUAGCGGUAACGUCGACUUCCAACAGAAAUAUGUUCGAACAGAGAAAUUCGUCAGAGAGCGAGAAGCCAACCGAGCCCUGGCAGGUAUUUUUAAACCCGUCAUUUGGGGGAAGUAUCGCAAUAAAUACACCGACGCAGUCGAGUUUAAAGUCCGCACCACGGCAAACACCAAUAUCUACUACUUUAACAAGUCCCUCCUUGCUAUAAAAGAGGAUGCACCACCAUAUCUCAUGAAUCCCGUCACCCUCGAGACUCAGGGGCUCUGUGAUUUUGAUGGCCAGCUCCCCAGUUUAACCUUCACCGCACAUCCAAAGAUGGACCCCAGUACGGGCGAGCUAGUGUGCUUCGGCUACGAGGCCAAAGGAGAUGGCACGCCUGAUGUGUGCUACUUCAGUAUUGGCCCUGAUGGCAGGUUUAACCAGACUGUGUGGCUUGUGGCGCCGGUUGUUGGUAUGAUUCAUGACUUUGCAGUGACAGAAAACUGGGUUCUGUUCCCCAUGAUACCCCAGGUGUGCGAUAUCGAAAGACUCAAAGCCGGAGGCGAGCAUUGGCAGUGGGACCCCGAUAUCCCCAUCUACAUCGGAGUUUUGCCUCGACGUGGAGCCAAAGGCAGCGAUGUGAAGUGGUUCCGCACUCCCAACGGUUUCCCUGGACAUACUACAAAUGCCUAUGAAACCUCUGAUGGAAAAAUCAUAUUCGACUUGCCCCUGAGCGACAAGAACGUCUUCUUCUGGUGGCCAGACAAAGACGGAAACGCCCCGGACCCGCGAGACAUCAGCGCCGACUACGUGCGCUUCGAAUUCGACCCCAGGGCCACGGAGUCUCUCGACUUACCGAAACCGACGGUAAUUCUCAAGCAUGACAUGGAAUUCCCUCGCAUCGACGAGCGUUUCGCCAUGAAACCACACCGUCACAGCUACUUUGACAUGAUGGAUCCAUCGCUGGGCACCGAUUUUGCUGCCAUCAUGCCUGUGCUCGGAGGUGGACAUCCGCUGUACAAUGCGCUGGGUCACCUUGACCACGUGACAGGUAAGUUGGAAGUGUACUAUCCAGGUUCGACGCACAUGGUCCAGGAGCCGGUCUUUGUGCCUAGGAGGGAGGAUGCGGAGGAGGGCGAUGGGUUUAUUGUGGCGCUAGUGAAUAACUACAGGACAAUGUCUAGCGAGCUUCAUGUUGUCGACACGAGACGGUUUACUUCGCCGGCGGCCAUAGUCAAAGUUCCUAUGAGGUUGAGAGCAGGGUUGCAUGGAAAUUGGGUUGAUGCGAAGGAGCUACAGGAGUAA